GCGGAGGGCGCCGCGUGCACCGACGGCAAGGCCGCCGCCCCGUGCUCCUUCUGCAAGUGCAGGUUCGAGCACAAGAAGGACCUGGAGCAGCACGUGCACCAGGCUCACAAGCCCUUCCGCUGCCGGCUGUGCAGCUACGUGACGCUGCGGGAGGAGUCCCUGCUGAGCCACGUGGAGAAGGACCACAUCACCGCGCAGGGGCCCGGCGGCGCCGACGCCUAUGCCGAGAAUGGCAAGCCAGAGCUGCCCCCCGGGGACUUCCCCUGCGAGGUGUGCGGCCAGGCCUUCAGCCAGACCUGGUUCCUGAAGGCCCACAUGAAGAAGCACAGGGGCUCCUUCGACCACGGCUGCCACAUCUGCGGCCGGAGGUUCAAGGAGCCGUGGUUCCUCAAGAACCACAUGAAGGCGCACGGCCCCAAGACGGGGAGCAAGAGCAAGCCCAGGAGCGAGCUGGACCCCAUCGCCACCAUCAACAACGUGGUGCAGGAGGAGAUGGUCGUGGCCGGCCUGUCCCUCUACGAG